AUGGAGAGCAAAUGGAGUGGCUGGGUGCUGAUCCUUUCUGUGUGCCUGGGCUCCUACCAAGUGGGGAUUCAGAUGGAGUCAGUGGUUUGCCAGUCUCCUCUGCCCCCCACAGCCGGGGCCAGCCCCCUCCACGAGUGCAGCGAGCGGCCGGAGGACUGGUGCCGUGAUGCGGUGACGGCAGCCAAGUGUGGGGCACUGCAGCUCUGCCAGCUCACUGUCUGGGACCAGGCCCUGGGGCAGAAGGGGAUUCCGUGUCACCUGUGCCAGGUGGUGGUCUCCGUGGUGGGCAAGAUCUUGCAGGACAAUCGCACUGAGGAAAAGCUGAGGCUCUUCUUGGAUAAGAAAUGCCAGUACCUGCCCUUCCAAGACUGGUCUGUCAAGUGCAAGAAGAUGGUGGACACUGGUAUCCUCAUCCUCGUCCAGCUGGGCAAGCAAGUGAUGUCAGACCCAAAGGUGGUGUGUGGGACCAUCAAGCUGUGCCAGCCCCGGGAGAGCCCCACGGGGGCCUUGAAGUUUCAGAAGCCACCACCAGCCCCUGCGGGCCCUGCUCGAGACUUUGCUGACCUGGUCUCCCCCUUCAUCGCCAACGUGCCCCUCCUGCUCCAUCCCCAGGACCUGCCUCGUGGUGAGGAGAUGGAAGAGGUGUGCGGGAACUGCCUGCAGCUGGUGGCAGCUGUGCAGCUGGAGCUGGGGACCAACAAAGACUUCACCCAGGAGCUGGUGGCCCGUGCCAAGCAGGCAUGUGAGGAGCUGGCACCCCCUAUGGCACAGCAGUGCAAGCACUACCUGGCUGAAUAUGUGGACACAACCACCCAGUUGCUCCGGUACAUGCUGGCUGAGGACCCGAUGGAGCUGUGUGGCCAGGUGGGACUCUGCUCUUCCACCUCGGUGCUGCCCCUCCACACGCUGCUCACGGAGAAGGUGCUGCAGGCUCUGAGUGAACCGGGGGCUGACGAGGGGACCACGCCGCUGUGCGAGGUGUGCCAGUUUGCUGUGAAGGCAGCCGAGAGCCUCCUGGAGAACAAUGUGACUGAGGAGCAACUUGUGAACAACAUUGAGAAAGUGUGUUACAUGCUGCCCCACGGUGUCAUCGGGCAGUGCAAGGACUUUGUUGACUCCUAUGGCAAAGCUGUGGUCAUCAUGCUGCUGGAGGCCACCGACCCGGCAGCCAUCUGCACCAUGCUGCACUGCUGUCCCCGCAGUGGGGACACCCACCCAGGUGAGCCUGGGGGACACGUACCCGCUACUCUGGAGCAGCUGGUGAUGGGCCCGGGUGGCUUCUGCAACGUCUGCCAGAUUGUCAUCACCUACUUUGAUAAUGAGCUGCUGAAGAACGAGACGCUGGCAGAGCUGGGUGAUGUGCUGGAGAAGGGCUGCGAGCUGCUGCCCCCGCCGCUCACGGGCAAGGUGAGCAGAGGGGAGCACCCGAACCAGUGGGGAUCCCCAGCACACUCCCACUUGGCUCACCCCCUUUCUCCUUGCCAGUGCGAGGCUCUCGUGGUGCAGUACGAGCCGGCGGCCAUGCGGCUCCUUGUACAGAUGAUGGACCCCAACUUUGUCUGCACCAAAAUAAGAGCUUGUGACUCACCUGAGGAGGAUCUUCUGGGCUCGGACCCCUGUGUCUGGGGUCCACACUACUGGUGCAAGAACAUGGCCACAGCGGUUGAGUGCCAUGCUGUUGAGCACUGCCGGCGUCACCUAUGGAACUAG